AUGGAAGCGACACGCAGUCGAUGGGAGUUCGCCAUUAUCAACCACGGUAACCCCGCAAUUUGGUUUGACCCAGUUGCUGAUAACCGACCGCGUAGUCUUGAGUAUCUCACGUCGAGUGCAGGUGGAGCGUCGCCAAUUGAACUCCCAAACUUGGAGCUGCAAUGCGAACUAGAUUCGCUACUUAAACUGCUUCCAGGGUCCUAUCGAGAUGCCGUCCGUGAGGUCGAUAAUUAUCACUUUAGACUUGUCGACAUCUGCAUUGACGUUGGUCGAGCUCCUUUCGCGUACACCGGAAAAAAGCAGCGCGUUUUACUUACAAAAGACGGAAGUGUGGUUUCAAAGGAGACUAUCGACGAGGUUGUAAAGAAUCUGGGAGGAGAAAUGCGCAUUGGAAAUGACAACCGAGCCGGCAUCGACAGGCAACGGCACCGCAUAUCAGUCAUGCGCAGCAAGACCGACGAGGUGUACGGACUUACAAUGCGCGUUGGUCGAGCGCUGCGCAACGCCGCGUGUGUGUUGACAGAUUUGUUGCUGAGCAAUAAACACGCUAACAAGUCGGUGCUGGUGUUGGGUCAUCCAGGCAGUGGCAAGACGACGCUCAUCCGAGACGUAGCACGAUGCGUGUCCGAAACGAUGGAGAAUGUCUGCAUCAUCGACACGUCGAACGAGAUCGGCGGUGACGGUCUGGUACCGCACGAGUGUGUAGGGUGGGCUCGUCGCAUGAUGGUACCGUCACUGGAGGCACAGGCUGGUGUAAUGGUGGAGUGCGUGCAGAACCACACGGUGGAGACGUUGAUCGUGGACGAGAUCGGUCGGAAAGCGGAAGUGUUGGCUGCGUCGACGGUGCGUCAGCGUGGUCCUCGAUUGAUCGCGAGUGCCCACGGCGAUUUCCGAGCGUUAAUCAAGAAUCCAGACUUGAAAGGUCUAGUAGGUGGGUCUCAACAGGUUACAAUUGGCGAUAAAGAGGCAAAGUCGUUGAACAAGGGAAAGUUGCAGACUCAGCGAGCAGGUAAUCCGAUCUUCGAUGUGAUCGUGGAGUUGGACCACGUUGUUCGCGGCCGGUGUCGGAUUAUCUGGGACGUGGCAACGGCCGUGGAUAAUGUGCUGGAAGGUAACGACUACGCAUUCGAGACGCGCCGGUGGGAUGCAAGUGCACGGGGCGUUCUACUGCUCGAUUAG